AUGGCUAUGCAGCGGCCAGGUCCUUAUGACAGGCCUGGGGCUGGCAGAGGCUAUAACAGCAUUGGUAGAGAAGCUGGGUUUGAAAGAAUGAGGUGAGGUGCCUACGGUGGAAGGUAUGGAGGCUGUGAUGACUACAAUGGAUAUAAUGAUGGCUAUGGCUUUGGGUCAGAUAGAUUUGGAAGAGACCUCAAUUACUGUUUUUCAGGAAUGUCUGAUCACAGAUACGGAGAUGGUGGGUCCACUUUCCAGAGUACGACAGGCCAUUGUGUGCACAUGAGAGGAUUACUAUACAGAGCUACUGAAAAUGAUAUUUACAAUUUUUUCUCACUACUCAACCCUGUUCAAGUACACAUCGAAAUUGGACCUGAUUGGAGAGUGACUGGAGAAGCAGAUGUUGAAUUUGCUACUCAUGAAGAUGCUGUGGCAGCUAUGGCAAAAGACAAAGCACAUAUGCGGCACAGAUAUGUAGAACUUUUCUUGAAUUCUACAGCAGGAGCAAGCAAUGGUGCUUAUAGUAGCCAAAUGAUGGGAGGCUCCGUGCGGCUGCUCUCUGGGGAGCGGGAGCCGCAGGCUGCUGGGCCUCUGCGACCUAGUCGGGCCAGGAGGUGGCGGCGAAGUCACCUUGGGAGAGGAGGGGAGGAGACAGAGGAAGAAAGGCACGACUCGGGUUUGCCCAGGGAAGAGAGACGACUGGAGGGAGGGAGCAGAGGGCGUGCCCCCGCCCAGGGAGGGCGUCCUUCUCCUCAGUCCCAGCUCGCCCACCUGCGAUCUAUUGGGAUGGGGAAGGGCAGUGGGCUGGAAGGAUGGGUUAUCCUUCACUACCCCCACCUCCCGCCAGCCCCCUGGGCCGAUUGUCUGACAAUGUCUCAAGAGGCUCACUCCCUUUCUCUUCCCCAGGCUGGCUUAGCUUGGAGCGCCUCGCCAGCCUUCGCCCCCUUCCCCUCCCGGGCUUCCGUAUUCCUUCGGCUCUGA